GGACAGCAAAGCGCUUAGCGCGGGCGACGAAAGACAGGGUUCGAGAUGGCGGAGGCGAUCAUCGGCCCACUGGUCGGGAGGCUGCAAGAGAUCGCCGUGGGCGAGGCCCGGGCGCUGGUGGCGGUGAACACCGACAUCCAGAGGCUCCGGGACAAGCUCAUGUGGCUGCAGGCCUUCCUCCGCGAGGCCGACACCAGGCGCCGCGCCGUCUCCGACGAGAUCACCAGGGUGUGGAUGCAGCAGACGCGGGACGCGGUCUUCGAUGCUGAGGAUGCCCUCGAUCAUUACCAUCUCCACCUGGCCAAGUCCAGGUACCCAAGGUGGGCUCGUCCUACAAUGAGAUGCCUGGCAACUUUUACAACACAGGUACGGAUGAGACGUAGCCUAUCUAGAAAGAUUAAAGCAAUCAACUCAAGGCUUGAUGACAUCAUCGAAAACAAAGAUAAAUACAAGAUCGAGGAUGCACAUCACAAGACAGAUGUGACAUGGAAACCUUCUACUUCAACAUUUUACACUCAUACAAAAUUGGAUGAUUUACAUGAGUCAAAUAUGGUGAUAUAUGGGGAAGAGCACACAAAGUUAAAGGAAGUAUUUGUUACUCUAACUGAACAAGAAAAGAGCGAAGAACACCAUCCAGUGGUGAUCUCCGUGUAUGGAGAAAGUGGUGCUGGCAAGACAACUCUUGUGAGAGACAUAUACAAAGAAAUGGCUAUGAAGAAAGAAUACAAUGUUCAUGCCAUGGAGAGUUUUGCACCUUAUUUAACCGCUACCAAUAUCCUACAACAAAUUGUUCAGCAACUAACAGAUGACAAUGAGAAUUGCCCUAGAAACAAGGCCCGGCAAAUGUUGGAAGAUAAAUUGAAAAAUAAGAAGUACCUGCUUGUGAUAGAUGGUGAAGUUAGUGGAACUGAAUGGAAGAACAUUCUGGCUGCCAUUCCUGUUGGUGCUACAGGUAGUAUAAUAGUGCAUAUCACACAAGUUAAACCAGAAGAGCCACCUAGCCGGUAUCGUCAUAUCUCCAUUCAGGUAAAAAAACUGAAUGAAGAUGCUACCAUGGAAUUGUUCCUUAAGAGGCUACUCCUUAUGGAAGUGCAAGAUAAAGUAGGCAUAAAAAAUUACCAACAACGCAUUUUUGAAAUCACUGGAGGGUUGCCAUUGGCGGUGGUUCUUUUAUCAGGUCUUGUGCAAACCAAGGAGUUCCCAGGUGAGUGGGACAAGGUUUUUGAGUACCUUGGGACCAGGAAAUCAAAGCGGCUUGACAGUAUGCUGUCAGUUUGCUUCGACGAUCUUCCACAUGAGCUGAAAUGUUGCUUCCUCUACUUUGCUGCAUUGCCAACCAACACUACAAUUGAGGCACGCAACUUGGUGUGUAUGUGGGUUGCAGAAGGAUUGCUAAGGUCAAGAGGUGGGAAGUCAAUGGAGAAGAUUGGCUACAUCUACUUGAAUGAGUUGAUUCAUAGAAAUCUUGUCAAUCCAGUGAAGAUUAAUGAUGAGUCUAGUUUUGGGAGUAUGCUUGUCACCAUCCAAAACAAAGUCCAUGAUUUUUUGGUGAUUGAAGCACACGAGGCAAGCUUCGUGGAGGUCCAUAGUGGCGAUGACAUCCCCACAUUAACAAGUGCUCGUCGCCUCUCUCUACAGAAUUACACUGACAAAUAUGCUGUGCUGGCCAAUCCAUUGCCAAAGCUGCGAUCUAUCUUCUCUCAGUUUGAGCAGGUACCUAAAGAAGAUCAGGAGCACGUGUCCAAAAGAAAGCGUGCAUAUAUACUUUAUUCACCUCAACAAAGAGAAAUCUCUAAGAAGAAGAAGAACAUUAAAUCUCACAUAAAAGAACUAUUUCAUGGAUCUGAGUUCCUCCGUGUCAUCAAUCUUCAAGGCAUUGAGAUCGGUGAGAAGUUGACAAGUGCAAUAGGCAAUGUUGUGCACUUGCAGUACCUAGGCAUCACAUCCUGUUCAUUGAAACAUAUCCCGUCGUCAGUAGGAAGACUCACUAGCCUUCAAACAUUGGAUGUUAGGGAAACUAAUGUCCGAGAACUCCCGGGGACCUUCUGGAUGAUUAAGUCACUUAGGCAUGUGUUUGGUUUUGUCCUCAAAUUACCCAAGCAAAUUGGCAACUUGAAGCAGCUACAAACACUUGACUCCAUAAAACUUGAAGAUUCCAAGCAGGCUUUGGAUGGGACGCUUGGAGAGAUGAUCCAUCUUGAGUACUUAUUUAUUUGGGAUAUCUCACGUCGCAAUGUGGAUGCUCUGUCUGGUUCUUUAGAGAAGCUUGAGAGCCUUAGGACAUUGAUGUUACAAGGUGAAAUUAUUCCGCCCAGUGUCUUCAUCACCUCUUCCCUCCGCCGCCUCAAGUUCAUGUUUCUAAAUGGGGAUCUGCAAUAUUCAUCCGACCAAUAUGGUAAGGGCGUCUUAGGUCUCCCUAACCUCAUCAUGCUUUCGUUGGCGAAAACAAAUGUGUCACAAGAAUUCAUUAGCAUGCUGGCUGAGCUACCCUCUCUUGCCACCCUUGUGUUGUAUCCUGGCUCGUACAAGGACAGGAAACUUGCAUUCUCUUCUUUCAGAUUUCAGCGUCUGAGGAAUAUCAAGAUUAUUGAUGUGGAAAUACUGGAGAGGGUCGAGAUAGAGGUGAGGCUGCAUCCUAUGCUCAAAGUAUUGGAAAUUCACCCCCACUAUCCUCACUAUGAAAUCGUGGGUAAGGAUGAUAUCGUGGUUGAUCUUAAGAAGAAAAUGCUGCUGCGACCUGAGGGUGGACGCUUUUUGGCUGAGAAGGUAAAAAUGGCAACCACCGGCAGCUGUCUCUGAAUUAAAAUGCUAUUAUUCCUACGUGUGCUACGCGCUUACUGCUUCUAUGGUUGGGCUGUAUAUACAUAUUAUGCCACUAUGACCACUGUGUCAGGUGUACUGUGUGUUCCCCUCUUUCAAAUAUGUUGUGCUGUGCGUGUUGAAUGAUUGUAAUAUUGUGCUAACCUAACUGGUGUCAGUGUUCUCCUGUAUAUAAACUCAUGUAAUAAUGUGGCAAAACUCGUGAUGGUUACCCUGCCA